CGAAACCUUAUGCAAACCCCACCCAAAAUUUAUUGAUGUCAGGGCAAUUACAUGAGAGGAGAGGCAUGGACACGCAACCGUGAGGAGAGAGAAACAGAGGCCAUGAACAAAAGUCACUUGACCAUGUAGAGAGAGAGAGUGAGGAGCCAUGGUUAUGGAAGUGAGAAAAGGUCCUUAUAGGGCAUGAAGCAUGGACCAGAAAAUGCUCGUCCAAAGUCGCAAAACACCUGCAUUCGAUUGGGAGACACAAGCUUAAGGGAACUGGGCAAAGGGUAUAAUCCGAGAGAGAGAGAACCCAAAACCCCAACAUGGAGAACCCAUCUCAAAGAACCAGAGCCAGCAUCAUUGAUGGCUUGGGGGAAGAAAUAAUCAGAAUAGUGACCCCUGUUUCUAUCUGCAUGUUCCUUGUAGUCUUACUGGUCUGUAUCAUUAACCCAUCUUCUUCUUCUGAUGAUUCCUCUUCAAUCACAACCAUAGCCACAAUAAUCUAUGAUGAGAAAACCUCUGAUUCAGAUUGGACCAAACUCACUGGUGCUCUCUUAAAUGCUCUGGUUUUUGUAGCAUUUGUAACAGUCGUUACAUUUCUAUUAGUCCUCCUUUUCUAUUGCAGAUGCAUAAAAUUCCUCAAAUAUUAUAUGGUUUUCUCCGCUUUUGUUGUUUUGUUCUUUAUGGGUGGUGGGAUUUCGUUGUUUCUUAUUCAAACCCUAUCUUUUCCCAUAGAUUGCAUCACAUUUGGGGUUCUCUGGUUCAAUUUCUCCAUAGUGGGGGUGUUAAGUUUCUCAAUGGAGAAAAACCCAAUUUUUAUUACACAAAGUUACCUUGUUUUUAUUGGGAUUAUUGUGGCUUACUGGUUCUGUCUUUUACCUGAAUGGACCACUUGGGUCUUGUUAAUUGCCAUGGCUGUCUACGAUCUUUUUGCUGUUUUGGUACCCGGAGGUCCUUUAAGGCUUUUAGUUGAGCUUUCUGUGUCAAGAGAUGAGGAAAUCCCUGCUCUUCUUUAUGAGGCUAGGCCUGUUGAGUUUCCUGGUCCUGAUCAGGUCAAUGGCCGUAGACGAUUGUGGAGGGAGAGAGAAAUUCUUGGUUCCGGUUCUGACUCUGGUUCUACCAGUAAUGGUUUGGGUUCAGCUCUAGGGAACUUGGUGGCUUCGAGUGACCAUGGGGUUAAUAUUUUGAAUUUGCAAUCGCAUAUGGGUACUGAAUCACAGAGAGAGACAAAGUUGGUUGUGGCCGAAGAGACUCAACUUAUUGGUGGUUCUGGUUCUAGUAUAAAAUCAACUCUAGGAAAACUUCUAGCUUUAGAAAACAGAAGGGCUAAUGUUUCGGAACUGAAUUUGGGUUCUGAACCAGAGAUGGAUUUGAGCUUGAUUUCCGUCGAAGAUGGUCGAUCUACUGGUGAUUCGGUUACAGAAACUGGGUCUCCAACAAUCCAGGAUUCUUCCUCUAGAUAUCUAGAAACAAUGGAAACUCAUGUAGAGUUUACUGGUAAUUCAGUUACUGAAAUUGGGUCUGAGGAAUCUCGCCCUUUAAUUGAUCGAAGAAUUGGAUUCUCUUCUAAUAGAGGAUCAGAAACAAUGGAAAUUCAUGUAGAGAGGAGGCCAAAUUUAACAGAAGUUCAGCAAAAUGAGGCAAUGGAGAUUGGUUCUUCGAGGGGUAUCAAGCUUGGUCUGGGUGACUUCAUUUUCUAUAGUGUGCUUGUUGGGAGGGCAGCCAUGUAUGAUUUCAUGGCUAUGUAUGCUUGCUACCUUGCAAUUAUUGCUGGGCUUGGUGUAACUCUCAUGCUCUUGGCUUUCUACCAAAAAGCAUUGCCAGCUCUCCCAGUGUCUAUAUUGCUCGGUAUUGUGUUCUAUUUCUUGACUCGCCUCCUUUUGGAAGGCUUUGUCGUUCAAUGUUCACUGAAUCUGAUAAUUUUUUAGAUAUGGAAAGAGAAUGGUUCCUUAUGUGUCAUUCAUUGUGAUGGAA